AUGAAGUUUAAAAUACCCUACCCGGGUAACGAGAGCAACCUGUACUGGCAGCUGAAGUUGAAGUUGAGUCUCGUUUGCCCGCUCGAUGGUCGAGGUGGUCCCGUGGUGUUGGAGAGAGUGUAUAGUGAGAUGAGUGUCGAAGACCGGACCGUCCGGUGCUGCGGACGGGAACUGAGCGCGAGCGUUUCCGAGGUGAAGUUCCGGCUGCAGAGGAACUGGAUCAAGACGAAGAAGCUCACGGCCAGGGCGUUCGACGUCGACAGUUUGCGGAGGGGUGCCGGCGUGAAUGUGCAAGAUGACAACGGGUACACUCCACUACAUCACGCCUGUUUACGAGGGCACAAAGAGAUAGUCCGCUUACUGCUGUCCGUUGACGCGCUGCCAUGCGCCGUGGACAAGAAGGGCGCUACGCCCCUCCAUCUGGCGGCGUGGAAGGGAGACUCCGACAUAGUCUCCAUGCUCCUAGCUCACAACAACCCCACAGUCAACAUCGACCAAUGGACCUCGGAUCAGGAGACGGCACUGCUGAUAGCCGCCCAGUUCGGCUACGUGGACGUGGUGGCCCAACUCCUGGCGCGAGGGGCGGACGCCGAGCUGAGGAAUAUGAAGGACGAGAGCGCCCUCGACCUGGCCGCUCAGUACGGAAGGUUGGAGACAGUACAGCACAUGCUCAGAGUGAGACCGCUUUUAGUGCAGCCAUACAAGUAUCCCAGUUGCAGAGAUAAGAUCUUCUCUUCCUCCACGCCGUUGCAUCGCGCCAGCAAGAAUGGGCACAAGGAGGUAGUCUCGGCGCUCCUCGACGCCGGGUUCGAUCCCAACGUGCGCUCGUACUCCGGCACGCCGCUGCACGAGGCGGCGUGCUUCGGGAAGGCGUCCGUUGUGCGGAUUCUGCUCGCCAAGGGAGCGGAUCUCCACGCGGUCGACAACAGGGGUCGAACGGUGGACGCGCUGCUCGGCGAGUACUCCGGGGAGGCGAUAAAGCGCGUGAGGCGCGUGAUACGCGAGUACGAAAGCGUGGUGGGCAACUACCACGAGAGCGAAGAAGAGCUGCCUCCAUUCCCGGUGCAAGGGUACAGCCCCACCGGCUACCCCAACUCCGCCCUUAUGAAGGCCCCAGAGACCCAGAAAAAUACUAACAAAAGUGAAAGCUUAUUUCCAUCUUCAUCGUCUCUAACAAAAAGUACUCCUCAAAGUUUUGUCAAAAAGCUUGCUUCUAAAUGCUUGGGCCUAAAAGCGAAGUUUAACUCUGCUCCUAAUAUCUCUAACAGUUCGGGCUUAGAGUCGGAAAGUGAUGUUAAAUCAAAGCAUUCGGAUAGUAAAAACUCGGCGAAUACUCUACUUAUCGUAAACAAAUCCGGGCUACCAAAAAUAAAAUCAGUACCUUCAAACCUAGAAGAACCGUAUGCCGUUGUUAACGUUAAACAAAUAGUCAAGUCGCCGGAAAGUCCAACUUACGUGACCAUGUCCCCUUACUCGUCAAUGGCAUCCUCCUACGGGCGCUACUCCGUUAAAGACAUAGCCGAGGUCAUAUCGCUAGGUGGCAACUCGACAUCAGCCGACACUAACCCAACGUGUGCUUCCGAUACUACGCAUUCGCUGCUGCGCAAAUCCAGCUCGUCGGAACACUCGGGCCACUGGUCGUUGCAGUCGUGCAACUCGAACGUGACGAUAAAAUCUGACGCCUCAUUCAAAACGUGCCUGGAGGAGUCCUCCGAGGGGGGCUCCGAUGUCGGCUCGCAUUCGGACGAGGACACAUCAGACGCGGAGACUGUAAAGUCAGACAUAAGCACCGCCAAGCGGCCUUGGGUGCACAGCGACUCGUUCAGAUUCGGCGACUUCGGCCCCGACGAGAUCGCUACGAUCUCGGAGGAGGCCGAAUCGAAGGAGUCUAAAUGCGAGAGCGGUAUUAGCGUCGAGUGCUCGGAGAGCUCGUCCGGUUGCGAGGGCGAUAGUGGUGUUCCGGGGGCUGGGGUGGCGCUUGAGUGUGCUUCGCUUGAGCGGGUGUGGGGGCGCGGGGGUGUUCGCAGCGGGUCGGGGCGGCGGAGGUGGGACGAGGGGGAGGGCACGAGCGAGGGGGACGCCCUUAGCGUCUCCAGCGCCGCCUCGAGCUGUGCCCCCUUGCACCUGGCGCACCAUCACGACUACAGCAAGGUCUCGCCCACACCCCCCAAGAAACCCCCCAGACGCAACCUGUCAGUGUCCCCCACCCACGCAAACUCCCCCUCAUCAGGGUACAGCUACGAGCUGAGGGCGCACGCGAGGAGUCAAGACGAUCUGGACGAGAUACAGGGUGCCAAACACCACCUCAAGCACGGGCGCUCGGUAGACCAGUACGUUGACGGUAAACUGUCUUACGCGGAAUACGAGGAGAAUCACAACUCGCCGCGGGCCGUACCCGUGCCUAAUCCGCGGCCCAGUCUCAAGCACCGCUCGCAGCCUGUCGCCAUCACGGCUAUGUACGAGAAUGUCGUGAUAAAAGAGCAGAAUCCGAGACGGAAGCUGAGACGGAACAAUUUCGCGCCGCCUUACGAGAACGUGGAGCUUCGCAGGGGCGACGGCAGAGCGAACAGAGGCCAGGAGAGGUCGUCGCUAGAGAGCUUGCUGGACGACCAGUCGGCGAACAGUCCGAGCGAAUGUGACCGCUACUACGAUAGGCACAAAGCGCACAUUCCCCUGUCGCCGACCCACUACGAGCAACCGCCGACGCCCGACCACCCGCCGCCGUCAGCGAAACAGGCGGAGAACAGCAUACACGAACGGAUCAGGCCCUUGAGCCAGGAGUACAAGCGGAGGUCCAUGCUGCGCGACAGUCAGACCGAAACUGAGAUGUGCUUGCUGCGGGCAGCGUCCGCAGCGUCCGUGGCUAGUGGCGCCACGGACCGAAGCGGAAAUACGGACAACUGCGUCGAGGAAUAUGUCUGCGACGUACCUUUCGCCGGACAGAAGUAUGAUGGACAAGACUUACUGUUAUCUCACAUU